GGAAAAUUUUGAGCGGGAGUUUUAUGCCCAAUACUACUCCGAUUUUGAGGUUAAUGUGAAAAGGAGGGAGUAUACUAACCUCAAGCAGAAAGAGGGUUGUACUGUUAAGCAGCUGGAGCAGGAGUUUAGAACCUUGGCUAGGUUCUUACCGGAGUACGCGAUCGAUGAGGACCGCAUGACUGAGCACUUCUGGGAUGCCUUACUUUUAGACAUCCGAGACCGUGCUACAUACUCACGCCUCAUGACUUUCAGUGAGGUGGUAGAACAGGGCAUGUUGGGAGAGGCCCAGUGGAAUGAGAGGAAAGCAAGGGACGCCGAGGAGGCGAAGAAGAGGAAGUGGAACAGUUCGGGGCCGCCCGAUCAUUCCCGAAAGAACAACCAUGGUGGUGGUGGGGGCUCAUUCAAGGCGCCGGCUCCACCGGCGAAAAAGAAUAGGGACGGGAGGUGGCACGGACCUAGGCCACAGAACUCGGGAGCACCUAGAUGUCCCAAUUGCUCAAAACAGCAUUUUGGGAAGUGUAAUGAACCACCAAGGUGUUUCAAGUGUGGGAAUGCGGGCCAUAUGAAGGCCAAUUGUCCUCAAGCGACUCAGGAGAACACACCGGGAGCCGGAGGAGGGUCCAUGACGGGGAGGAACCGUGCGGGACCGUCACAUGGUGGCACGGGGAGAGGCGGCGCAUCAACGAGCCAUGCCGCGUCCGUCAACCAAACCGGGGCCCAAGCACGAGUCUAUGCUAUGACCGAGGCCGAUGCCCGGGCUAACCCCGACUCCGUUGCAGGUUGAAGCUCAAGCUUGCAUUCUCACCUUGCUCGGUGAAGUAAUCUUAAGGGAGACGUGGUUCGUGCUUCCUUUACUGUUUUAAACUACAAACUAUGCUCAUGGAUAAUUUGUAAUAAGUACAUUUGUUUUGGGCCUGCGAGUCCACGUUUUGGCCAUAUGUGGCCCAUGAUUGAAUAUUGAAUAUUUCCGCGAUUCGUUCAAUCCAAAUAUGUGAUGUUGUUAUGUAUGUUUACUUACU